UUUGUUAAUUAACCAUAAUAAUAACAAACCAUUUCUCCUCCUCAAAUACAACUGCAAUUCCAAACCUCCCAAUUCCUUUUCACUUUUCUAUAUAUUCUUCUCUAACAAUCCAUCCAUCCAUCCAUCCAUCCAUGCCAUGGGUGCCUGUUUCUCUUACGAAAUCCCUGAAUUUUCAGAAUCUGGGUCUCGCCCAACAGCUCAUGUUGUUUCCCUCAACGGUGAUCUUCAUAAAUAUAAUCCCCCGGUCUGCGCCUCUCAGGUUCUUCACGCCGAAGCCUCCUCCUCCUCCUCCUCCUCCUCUUCUUCUUCCUCCUCCAUCUUCCUUUGCAACUCGGAUAGCUUAUCUUACGACGAUUACGUUCCGGCCUUGAAUGCGGACCAUCAACUGCAACCCAAUCAGAUAUACUUCGUGCUUCCCGUUUCCAAGCUUCAGCAGCGAUUGGCUUCCAAGGAUAUGGCCGCUUUGGCCGUCAAAGCCAGCGUUGCUAUCCAGAAUGACUCUAGAAACGAUUCUAAUCGGCGCAAGAAAGCCCGAAUUAACCCUGUGAUGGUGGUAGCUCAAUCUGUUGUUGAUCCUGUUGGCGCUUCUACCGCAUCAGCCCCAACACCCAGCAGCACCAAGUCCUUUACCAAGUCCCAGACUCAACCUCAGCCAGCUGGGAUGUCAAGAUCUGCUUCUUUUAGAAAAUUGCAGCGAUACACAUCCAGACGAGCCAAAUUGGCCGUUCGUUCUUUUAAGCUAAGGCUGUCCACUAUUUACGAAGGCUCCGUUCUGUAAUCUACCUACCCGGAUCCACCUUUCAAGUUGUUAAUUUUCCAUGAGCCCCCAAUGUAACAUAUUAUACAUACAUACAUAUAUCUAUUAUAUUCAAAACUUCUCUGUCCUGUAUAGAAACUGAGAUCGAGAGUGUCAUUUUUUUAUUGAGUUAACCGGAGAUUCCAUUAAUCAUCAUUCUCACAUGAA